AUGGAUUUCUCUUAUUGUUUAACAAAAGAUAUACAGUUGCCUGUCUCUGUUCGGAUUGCAACACUAGAAGGAAAACAUCGCUUGAAGUCAACUGAAAGGCAAGUGGAUAAAACACGUGUGUCUACUUACACUUUGAAUAGUCCUUUACCCGAUGUCUAUGUGACAGUACAACUCUAUGGCGAUAAUAAACCACUAACAGUACCUGUCAAGACAAGUUAUAAAGCUUUUAAGAACCACUGGAGUUGGAAUGAAUGGUUGACUUUACCUAUUCGAUACUGCGACUUACCUGCUUCAGCACAACUUGCUAUCACCGUAUGGGAUGCGAUAGGUCCUCGUAAAACAAAACCUAUAGGAGGUACAACAUUUCAAUUAUUUGGCAAGCAAUGUACGCUUCGAAAGGGGAAACAUAAAUUACAUCUCUGGCCUGAUUGUGAAGCAGAUGGAAGUCGAGACACAACUACGCCUAGCAAGAUCAAACAAGAUCAAGACAAUGACAUGAACAAACUAGAAAAACUUGUUAAACGUUAUGAUUGUGGCGAUAUUCGUCCUGAAGAAUGGCUGGAUGUCAUGGCGUUUCGUCAGAUUGAGUCAAUUCACAAGACACUGUCUGCUGCAUCUACUGCUUUAGCACUCUAUAUUGAUCUACCCAAGUUUGAUUUCCCUGUGGUCUAUGGUGAAAUGGAAUAUGAUUUGCCAGGCCCUUUUUCAAGCACUGGACAAACUGUAGGUGAGACCGCCAUGAAAGCAGCCAUGAAUCAACAGAUCUAUGCCAUGGACCAAAGGGACACAAUGCCUCAGAGAACAGCCACUCAAUAUGUACUUGUGUUGGACACAGAUCUUCAAAGAGAUAACCCUGUGGAAGCCAAACAUCGUCGUUUAGUCAGAAGUCAUCGUAAUGGUCCUCUUGACCGAGAUCUAAAGCCAAAUCCCAACAUACGUGAUGAACUAAAUAGCAUCAUGUCUUAUCCUCCCACACAGACAUUGACACCUGAAGAAAAAGACUUGGUUUGGAAAUUUAGAUUUUAUUUAACAAGAGAAAAGCGAGCCUUAACCAAGUUUUUAAAAUGUGUUGUCUGGACAGACAGUAUUGAAGUACGACAAGCAGUUGAUCUAUUGCCCUUAUGGGCUGAUAUCAAUGUAGAUGAUGCAUUAGAACUAUUAGGCAAAGAUUUCGAAAACAAGUCUGUUCGUUCUUAUGCUGUCAAUCAACUUAGAAAAGCAGACGAUGAUGAUUUAUUGCUGUAUUUAUUACAAUUGGUACAAGCACUCAAGUUUGAAUUUGUUGAAGAUAAAGAUGCAGAAUUCGAUAAUUCAUCGUUGUUACAAUUCUUGAUUGAUAGAGCCAUUAAGAAUCAUGUGUUGGGUACUUAUUUUUACUGGUAUCUUAUGGUUGAAUUACAAGAUUUACAAGACUUGAAUAAUCGUAAAUUAUAUGCUAAAGUGGCAUUUCGUUAUUUCCAAGACCUUUUACAGAUACCUGAUGGUCAUAAACGACGUUUGACAUUAAGAAAUCAAGGUUAUCUGAUUGAAGUAUUAUCUCAAUUAGCAGCAGAAAUAGCCACCAUGAAAGAAUCUCGUCAAAAGAAGAUUGAUCAUUUUAGAUCAAGAUUAAAUGACCCCAAGAAACCUAUUCUGAAGGUCAAUCCACUUCAAUUAUUACUGGAUCCAUCCAAAGAUAUUGUGGGGAUUGAUCCAGCCAAAUCGACUAUUUUUAACAGUAGUCUUGCUCCUCUCAAGAUAUGCUUUUUAUGCAAAGACAAUACGGAAUACCCUAUUAUUUUCAAAUACGGUGAUGAUUUGAGACAAGACCAAUUGGUCAUUCAGAUCAUUUCUUUAAUGGACAGGCUACUAUUGAAAGAAAACUUGGACCUUAAAUUGACACCUUAUAAAGUGAUGGCCACAGGUCCGGAUCAAGGCAUGAUGCAGUUUAUUCCUUCACAAUCACUUGCUGCUGUCUUGAAUGAUCAUCAAAACAACGUACUCAGUUUCUUUCGCCAACAUCAUCCAAGUAAUGUGCCUGGUAGUGUCUAUGGUAUUGAUCCCAAAGUCAUGGAGACCUAUACUCGUAGUUGUGCUGGUUAUUGUGUGAUUACCUAUUUAUUAGGUGUAGGUGAUCGUCACCUUGAUAACCUGUUACUCUCUCCAGAUGGACAUUUGUUUCAUGUUGAUUUUGGUUUUAUCUUGGGUCGUGAUCCAAAACCAUUUCCUCCACCUAUGAAACUCUGUAAAGAAAUGAUUGAAGCUAUGGGAGGUGCUAAUUCACCUCAUUAUGCGCAAUUUCAACAAUAUUGCUAUACAGCAUUCACAACCUUGCGUAGAAAUGCCAACCUCAUUCUCAACUUGUUUUCUUUAAUGGUCGAUGCAAAUAUCACAGACAUUAAAAAUGAACCUGAAAAAGCAGUGAUGAAGGUACAAGAAAAAUUUAGGCUUGAUUUAACUGAAGAAGCGGCUAUUGCUUAUUUCCGUGGUUUAAUAUCAGAAAGUGUCAAUGCUUUAUUCCCACAAAUCAUGGAAACAGUGCAUAAAUGGGCUCAAUAUUGGCGAAGAUAAAAUAUCAUAUUCACAUGCAAUCACACUUUAGUCAGCAAGUAUUUUAAUUUCCCCGCAUUUGUGCUUACUCUAGUUUUUUUCACAUUAAAAAAAAAUACCUCUUCCUUUC